AUGCAUUCCUUUACCGUCUUUACCAGUCUGAUCUUCUUCUUUUUCGUCACCUCACAUGCCCUCCCACAAACCCUACCUGCUGCGGCAGAGGCCCUACGUAAUGAUACCAUUCCAACAGAAAGCGUUAGUAUCGAGAAGGGGUGCGCACAAGUAAGAGCACUGGAAAAUCUCAACAAGCUUGCAAACAACCAAACCGCUCUCGAUGCAAUGGCCACACAUGGCAAAAUCGCUCAAGGACGGGCCGACUGGAUCAAGAACAACGACGACAAGAUUGUUGCGAAACUCGAUGCGUUGAAAUCAAACUCGACGCUUAUGGCCGGCUGCGAAACCAUCAAUGCCCAGCUUGAUCUCUCCCGAAGAUGCGCAAAACUGCAGAAGCUACAGAAGCUGGUCGAUCUGGCACUGGACGAGAAGGCCCUACUCAACACGACCGCUGGAGACUUCCUCACCGAGGACCAGAAGGACCGGUUACAGCAAAAAGCAGAUGAAGUGGAGCUGAAGCUCCAGAAGCUCAAGAGCAAUAGUACGCUGACCAGGUUGUGUGCGGAUGACAUCUCUCUGCAACAGGAUGGUGUUAUUGGAAUGCCAGAUAACGCGGAGAGUAAAGAUGCAAUCAGCAUGGCCAAAAGCGAUGCAGUCAUAAAUAGACUCUCGGCUAUGGCUAUUACAUACCUUAUUCUUGUAUCAUUGUUUUUGGCCUUUCUCUUUGUCUAA